CGGGGCCACGGGCGGAAGUAGGUGUGACAGGAACGGGAGCCGAGAGGGUCAGCUGGGACGAGGUACUGGGCAGUGGGAGCCGCAGAGUCGAAGCCAUGAUCCCCCCGCAGGAGGCGUCCGCCCGGCGGCGGGAGAUCGAGGACAAGCUGAAGCAGGAGGAGGAGACGCUGUCCUUCAUCCGAGACAGUCUGGAGAAGAGCGACCAGCUCACCAAGAACAUGGUGUCUAUCCUGUCGUCCUUCGAGAGUCGCCUCAUGAAGCUGGAGAAUUCCAUCAUCCCCGUGCACAAACAGACGGAGAACCUGCAGCGGCUGCAGGAGAAUGUUGAGAAGACGCUCUCCUGUCUGGACCACGUCAUUAGCUACUACCAUGUGGCCAGUGACACUGAGAGGCUCAUCAGGGAGGGCCCCACAGGGAGGCUGGAGGAGUACCUGGGAAGCAUGGCCAAGAUUCAGAAGGCUGUGGAGUAUUUCCAGGACAACAGCCCAGACAGCCCAGAGCUCAACAAAGUGAAGCUGCUGUUUGAGCGGGGGAAGGAGUCGCUGGAGUCUGAGUUCCGCAGCCUGAUGACCCGGCACAGCAAGGUCGUGUCCCCCGUGCUCAUCCUGGAUCUGAUCAGUGGCGAGGACGACCUGGAGGUGCCGGACGAGGUGCCCCUGGAGCACCUGCCUGAGAGCGUGCUGCGGGACGUGAUCCGCAUCGCCCGCUGGCUGGUGGAAUACGGCCGCAACCAAGAUUUCAUGAACGUCUACUACCAGAUCCGCUCGAGCCAGCUGGACCGCUCCAUCAAAGGCCUGAAGGAGCACUUCCGGAAGAGCAGUUCCUCCUCUGGGGUUCCCUACUCCCCCGCCAUCCCCAACAAGAGGAAAGACACACCCACCAAGAAGCCAGUCAAGCGGCCAGGGACGAUCCGUAAGGCUCAGAACCUUCUGAAACAGUAUUCCCAGCAUGGUCUAGAUGGGAAAAAGGGGGGCUCUAACCUCAUUCCUCUGGAAGGAAGAGACGACAUGCUGGACGUGGAGACCGACGCCUACAUCCACUGCGUCAGCGCCUUCGUCAAGCUGGCCCAGAGCGAGCACCAGCUGCUGACCGACGUCAUCCCGGAGCACCAUCAGAAAAAGACCUUCGACUCUUUGAUCCAGGAUGCCCUGGACGGGCUGAUGCUGGAAGGGGAGAACAUUGUGGCCGCUGCCCGCAAGGCCAUCAUCCGGCACGACUUCUCGGCUGUGCUCACCGUCUUCCCCAUCCUGCGGCACCUCAAGCAGACCAAGCCAGAGUUUGACCAGGUGCUCCAGGGCACGGCCGCCAGCACCAAGAACAAGCUGCCCGGCCUCAUCACCGCCAUGGAGACUGUCGGAGCCAAAGCGCUGGAGGACUUCGCCGACAACAUCAAGAAUGACCCAGACAAAGAAUACAACAUGCCCAAGGAUGGCACCGUGCACGAACUCACAAGCAACGCCAUCCUCUUCCUGCAGCAGCUCCUGGACUUCCAGGAGACAGCAGGCGCCAUGCUGGCCUCCCAAGUUCUUGGGGACACAUACAAUAUUCCUUUAGACCCCCGAGAGACCAGCUCCUCAGCCACCAGCUACAACUCGGAGUUCAGCAAGCGCCUGCUGAGCACCUAUAUUUGUAAAGUGCUGGGCAACCUGCAGCUGAACUUACUGAGCAAGUCCAAGGUGUACGAGGACCCGGCCCUGAGCGCCGUCUUCCUGCACAACAACUACAACUACAUCCUCAAGGCUCUGGAGAAGUCUGAGCUGAUCCAGCUGGUGGCCGUGACCCAGAAGACUGCCGAGCGCUCCUACCGGGAGCACAUCGAACAGCAGAUCCAGACCUACCAGCGCAGCUGGUUAAAGGUGACUGACUACCUCACUGAGAAGAAUCUACCUGUGUUCCAACCCGGAGUCAAGCUGCGGGACAAGGAGCGGCAGGUGAUCAAGGAGCGUUUUAAGGGCUUCAACGAUGGCCUUGAAGAACUGUGCAAGAUCCAGAAGGCCUGGGCCAUUCCCGACACAGAGCAGAGAGACAAGAUCCGCCAAGCCCAGAAAAACAUCGUGAAGGAGACCUACGGGGCCUUUCUGCACAGGUAUGGCAGCGUGCCCUUCACCAAGAACCCCGAGAAGUACAUCAAGUACCGCGUGGAGCAGGUGGGCGACAUGAUUGAUCGCCUGUUUGACACCUCCGCCUGAGCGGCCGCCGCCCCGCCCGGCUCUGCCAGACCAGCCAUGUUACCGGACAGAUAAACCCGUGUUAACCAGC